UGUGAAGUCACUAUUUGAACUCUGAACUCGGACGCACUUUCUUUUCCCUUUUCCGGUGAGGGACCUACGAGAAAUUAAAAAUGGUUCAGCGCUUGACAUAUCGCCGUAGGUUGUCCUACAAUACAGCUUCCAACAAAACUCGGCUGUCACGAACCCCGGGUAACAGAAUUGUUUACCUUUAUACCAAGAAAGUUGGAAAAGCACCAAAAUCAGCCUGUGGUGUGUGCCCAGGAAGACUUAGAGGUGUUCGUGCGGUGAGACCUAAAGUUCUUAUGAGGCUUUCAAAGACAAAAAAGCAUGUCAGCAGAGCUUAUGGUGGCUCCAUGUGUGCUAAAUGUGUUCGUGACAGGAUCAAGCGUGCUUUCCUCAUUGAAGAGCAGAAAAUUGUUGUGAAGGUGUUGAAGGCACAAGCACAAAGUCAAAAGAGUAAAUAAAAAUGACUUGGGUUCUUUUUGAAUGAUAAAGAAAAUUAAAAUGUGUUUGAGUGUUUUGGGUUCUUUUUUAUCUUUAGUCCUUAUAAUGCUGUGGUGGGAAAGCUUUUAGAUUUGCACUUGAGGAAAACAGAAUAGGAAUCUCAUUAGUUCUACCAUUCUUAGCUUAUGCGACCUUCAGAGAAGUUAUUUAAAUGCUCCAAUUUUCUCAUAUAUUAAAAUGAGAGAUGAAUUAAAUGUAUGUUGUACGUAUUUUAACAAUGGAAACUUUCAGUUAGCCGAUUUCUAAAAGAAUUUAAAAUAAAACUUUAAGUUGUUGAUUCUCAAAUCUUUUAGAAGAGUUGAAGACUCUUAGAAGAGAUGAAGUUGUUGAUGGAGUUAAUGUGCACACUUAAGACUAUGUCACCAUAACUUUGAGGUUAAAACUAUGAGAGAGAAAAAAAAAUGUAUUGAGCAUCCUACUAAACAUGAUGCAAGAAAGGCAAAUGGAUUAUCCUUAGGAAAAGGGACUUCAAUCCCCUCCAGUAAGGAAGCCUUCCUCUGAGGAGCCACAAAAAAAAAAAAAAAAAAAAAAGCAGGAGAUAAAGGGUUUUGGCCAUGGAUAUUUUUUAGUCUGCCAGUGGGCAUGGGUGUGGGCUCUACUUCAAGGAAGGUUUGUAUGUCCCUUAGGAAUGCCUAUCCAUAGUUCUCAACCCCAUUGUGUGUGUGUGUGUAUAUAUGUAUGUAUGUACUUGGUAUUCAUUCAAAUUGCCACAGGCCUCCAUCCAUCUUGAUUUUUAAAAUUAAGCGUUAAUGGAAAAUUGGGAAAUAGUACACCAUCAAUUGCCAAUAAAACCUAGAUAGGCUUUAGUUUCCUGUCAUUUGGUUAUCUAAUACAUGGAGUUGAGUCCUGACAGCUGAAUGUUGUUGAUUAACCUUGAACCUGUUGGUCCAAACUGGAAUUCUUUAUAUCAAUAAAAUCCUAAAGUCA